AUAAAAUGUAGAAAGGAUGACAAUGGAGUAACAGGGCCCUGAUGAUGAAAAUGCAGGGUAUAGAAGGGCAGAGAGGAGAGGCAGCCCGCAUAGCCCCGGGUGGAGCUGGAGCAGUCCCCGAAGGCUUCCAGGAGGCAGUGAGGAAGGAGGGCAGAGGCACCAGGGAGAGGAUGCAGCCUGGCUGGGUGUGAGGUGCGAGAAGGGGAGUGGAGCCUCAGGGUACAGGGAGCCAUGGGUCUGACUCAGCCGGCCAUGGUAUGGUGGAGCAGGCAGAGAGGCAGGGAGGGCAGCCCUGGGGGGCGGGGCUGCAGCAGGAGGCUGUGGUGGGUGAUGGUAGCCAGGGUGCAGGUGGGGCAGCCAGGGAGGGGGCUCUUGGCCAGAGCUGGAGACCGGGGCAGGAGAGGUGGCAGGGUACCCACUCGUGCCAUGCAAUCCCAUGGAACUUCGAGGGCUAAUUGCAUGCCACCUCUUCCAGGCAGCCUUCCUGACAGCUCACUUGUGCCUUGAGGACAGGCGCUCUGCAGGGCCUGGCGUGGGUGCCCACCGCCAGCUGACCCUGCCCUUCCCCUUCCAUCUGUGCCCCCACCUUGGGCUUCCAGCCACUUUCUUUGAUUUUUCUUUUAGGAAUAAAUUUAUUGUUUUCAUUAUAAAAGCAACCGAAUGACAUUACUGAGUUUGGAAAUCGGAGAAACAAAGACAAGAAACAGAAGGGCCCGCGCCUCCCUCCGGGCGUGGCUGCAUGCGGCUUUCCUUUGCUGACGCACGUUUUUAUUUUUGCCUCCUGGUAAUCAUAGUGUCCGGGAAAUUUUGGGUCCUGCUCUUUCCCACUCGCGUGGUCGGGAGCUGGUUCCCAUGUGGCCAAGGGGGUCUGGGCAAGUCUGCGGGAUAGGCUGGGGGUGCGGGGGCAGGACUGUGUGUCACAGGGGCAGAGCACAGCACAGGCCAUCCUGGGCUGCCGGUCCUCUUUGUGUCCAUCUGUCCAGGGCUGAAAGUCCCCCAGGUGGCAGGGCCUGGCAUCUGGUGUGCCCCUCCCUUGGUUCCACCUCCCCCAGGGCCACUUUAGCAGAACUUCCUGGGCUGGCCUCAGAGGCUGCCCUCUCAGGAACAGGUGAUGGACAGAUUUGGUUUCAAACCCAGACUCAACUCUGUGAACUCAGGCAAGUUGCUUAACCAUUCUGGACCUCAGUUUCUCCAUCUGUACAAUGGGUCUAUAGUAACAGUAAAUUAAUGGCUGUGAACUAUCCCAACAGAGUUUCUGGCCAGUUAUGGGUGACCACCUUGGGCCAGAGGCUGGCACAGGUGACAAGUGAAGCCCACCGCUGGGCAAGUGGGACCCUGCCCGUGAAGAGCCGGCAGGCUAAGGGAGAGACGCCCAGGGAGACGUGCUCCCAGCCUGGAGUGUGGUUGGCUUUGUGUGUGGUGCUGGAUCAGAUCUGAGGGGGCGGGGUGGGGCGGGUGUUCUAGCUUUCUAACUCUGUUAUGUCCUGGCUGUGUGGCUCUCACUUGUGGGUCAACCUCUCUGAGCCCCCGUGUCUGCUGUGAAACGCACACCUCGAGUCCCUGGGCAGAUCCGGGACCUGGCUGCUGACACACUCAGCACAUAGGUAUCGGAGUCGAUGGUAGCUGCCACUUAUUGUUGUUAUUGUUAUUCCCAUGUACAAGGUGCUGUUGGGAACACACAGGAAGUGACUGGCUGGGGGUCGGGGAAGGCUCCGUAGAAGAGGGAACACUGGGUCUUGAAGGAUGAGUAGAAGUUCACCAAGUGGGAAAGCACACUCUAGGCUUGCCCCCCCAUUCCUCCUUUGCUGACUCCCACUCAUCCUUUAAGACCCAAGGCAGGCCUCACCUCCCCUGGGAAGUCCUCCUGGAUGGCCGAGCCUCGAUUUAACAACCCCUACUUCUGGCCCCCUCCUCCCACCAUGCCCAGCCAGCUGGACAACCUGGUCCUGAUUAACAAGAUCAAGGAGCAGCUGAUGGCCGAGAAGAUCCGGCCGCCUCACCUGCCACCCACAUCAGCCUCGUCACAGCAGCCACUGCUCGUGCCGCCGGCGCCCGCCGAGAGCAGCCAGGCCGUGAUGUCACUGCCCAAGUUGCAGCAGGUGCCAGGGCUGCACCCGCAGGCCGUGCCACAGCCUGACGUGGCGUUGCACGCGCGGCCAGCCACCAGCACGGUCACAGGUCUGGGGCUGUCCUCCCGGACUCCGGCUGUGAGCACGUCCGAGUCGAGCACGGGCACCGGCACGGGCACCGGCACGGGCACCAGCACCCCGUCCACGCCCACCACCACCAGCCAGAGCCGCCUCAUCGCCUCGUCCCCCACCCUCAUCUCAGGGAUCACCAGCCCCCCCCUCCUGGACUCCAUCAAGACAAUCCAGGGCCACGGCCUGCUCGGCCCCCCCAAGUCUGAGCGUGGCCGCAAAAAGAUCAAGGCGGAGAACCCAGGUGGCCCGCCGGUCCUCGUCGUCCCCUACCCCAUCCUGGCCUCGGGCGAGACUGCAAAGGAGGGCAAGACGUACAGGUGUAAGGUUUGCCCGCUGACCUUUUUCACCAAGUCUGAGAUGCAGAUCCACUCCAAGUCGCACACAGAGGCCAAGCCCCACAAGUGCCCGCACUGCUCCAAGUCCUUUGCCAACGCCUCCUACCUGGCCCAGCACCUGCGCAUCCACCUGGGCGUCAAGCCCUACCACUGCUCCUACUGUGAUAAGUCCUUCCGACAGCUCUCCCACCUCCAGCAGCACACCAGAAUCCACACAGGCGACAGACCCUACAAGUGCCCACAUCCUGGCUGCGAAAAAGCUUUCACUCAGCUCUCCAACCUCCAGUCUCACCAGCGCCAGCACAACAAGGACAAGCCCUACAAGUGUCCCAACUGCUACCGGGCCUACUCAGACUCCGCCUCCCUGCAGAUCCACCUCUCGGCCCACGCCAUCAAGCACGCCAAGGCCUACUGCUGCAGCAUGUGCGGGCGGGCCUACACCUCGGAGACCUACCUGAUGAAGCACAUGUCCAAACACACGGUGGUGGAGCACCUGGUGAGCCAUCACUCUCCCCAGAGGACCGAGUCCCCAGGCAUCCCGGUGCGAAUCUCCCUCAUCUGAGCCCCGCCCGGCCCGCCGGCCUGCACCGACCCAGGCUGCACCAGGCCCCGACGCCCUCCAGGGGCCCUCCGGGAACCACCAGGCGCUCUCACGACCUUCCCGACCUUCCAGAAAGCGUGGUCCACAGAAGCCCUGCCCGGUCCAGCUCCGAGGACGGCCAGGCCAGCUGCGAGGUUCUGCAGUGUCCGGUGGCAUCCAAAGACGAUCUCAGAGCACUUUGAACCUCUGCUGGAUUUUCUUUCUGUUUCCCGCCCUUCACUUGCUUCACUGAUUUUUUUUUUAAGUUUGUUUUGGAAAUAACAGAAAAAAAAGAAGAUAUUUAUUGGUCAGGAAGUUGGUGCUGCUAAGACCGAGACAUGAAAAGAACUGGACGGAUGGAUGCAGAGAAGCAGAGGGCAACGUGGGACCUCCUCUAACCGGGCCUUGAAGGAAGGAUCAGGCCUGGGUCUGCAAAGGGGACCCCAGGUGGGAGCGGGCAAGAAGCCGCCGGAGCGAGCCCCUUGCCCCUGGCUGCCUGGCCCAGCCCUCCGAGGGCUGCAGCGGCGGCCGGGGCUGGCCAGGCUUCAGCAGGCGGAGACGAGAGAGGGGCCGGGGAGAUCCGCAGGACCAAAGGGUGCAGUGAUGGGCUGUGGGGCCGGGGUGGGCUGGGUGAGACCCGGCCCCUCCCCUGUUGCCCUGAAGACCACCCCAGUCUACCUCGGUGCUGGCCGGGAAACCUAUGGGCUACCUCUCCUGCCACCCCAGGCUGUGGGCCUGGGCAGGGAGCGCGCCUGGGACCAGGACCCCUGUAGGGUUUCCUCCAGAUGGGGACAGUGCCCAGGGAGGGGGUUGGUUGCCUUCCCUGCUGUCGGGGUGGGGGGGCUCCCCAGCCCCCCACCCCGAGCCCAGGGGAAGAGGGUCCCAGGAGCAGGCCGUGCCCCCAGCCCCCACAGACACACCCCGAUCUGAAAGCCAUGCGUGUCCCUGUAUAUAGGAACCAUGUACAGAGCCCGGAGAAGCCCCCCACGUUCCCCCGGGGAAUAAAAGAAAGCUAGACAGAAACUCAUCUAUAUAUUCUGUAUCUGGAGUUCCGUUUUGAAUAUUAACUGUGUUAUUUUUAUACACUUUUUAAGCCUUAACUCGCCAUUGAUUUCCCAGUUUGACGAUUCCUGGGGUUUCUCCUCCCGCGGGGGUCUCUGCCUCCACCCCACCCCUUGUUUGACUUGCGUCGUCCGAAUCUCAGUAUUGUAGCUUCUCGUCCGCAUGUUACUGCCCUGUAAAUACGCUGUGAUCCAUGCUGUUAACACCCCUUUGCUUUUUAAUAUGGGACCUCCAGGCCACCGUACUUAGAGACUAGUUACCUUAUUAAAAAAAAGAAACCGUC